AUGUAUCUGGAGGAGAGCCUAUUGGAGGGGAAGAAGAAUCGUAUGGUUGUUAGACAUGAUGCAUCAAAACUGCAGGAGGGUAUCUUCCGUAAAGUGGGAAUGCUUAUUGGUAUAUCAUUAGUGCAAGGUGGAUCUGGAUUUCCGUUUUUUGCCCCCUCCACUUUUUCUUACCUUUGUGGCCGGGAUAUUCGUGCUGUAACUGUUGGUCAAGAUGAAAUACCUGAUAUAGAGAUUGACAUCGUACUUGACGAGGUAAAGGCAGAGCUUGAUGAAAUAAAGCUAGGCCUUUCAGAUGCUGGUGUAUUAGAAAUGAUGACAAAGCAUCCUGAUUUGUUUAAACCAUUGUUUGUGCACAGUGAGGAUCCUCUUACAGCUGAUCGAGUGAUGGGGCUUUCCAGUUCCGUAUGUUUUCUGAAGCAGGGACAUCAGAGCUGCAUAAGGAGCAAGCACAUAUAUGCAUUUCGAGACCUCUUGGAAGAACUAGAAAAUGGAGUUCAGAGCGGAAGGAGAUGA